UUUGGAGGAUUAUAAGGAGGGAUUCCUGUAGACUGGCUGCGCCCCAGUCUGGGGCUGGGGCGAUACUCAACCCUUGAUUCGACGAACAUAGUCGGAAUCAUCGGGUCUAGUAUCCAGACUACCAUCAUUGCACCAGUGCAUAUAUGGGCGCUGCAUACUCCCAACUGUAAGCCACGCUCCGUGUGACAGGUCCUGAUAUUUUCAGCGAAGGUAGGGGACAUCAGGGAUUUGAAACAGCCCUCUAGGAUUCUACAGCGUGAACCAGGAAGUGGGAAAGUGCCCUUUUCCUCGAACAAAGCUGUUUUUGCUUCACCUCUUUGACAAGAGCUGAACUAGAUCCUUUCUCACGAUGGAUGAAGAGUACGACGCGAUUAUUUUGGGCACAGGGAUUAAGGAAUGUAUCAUCGGUGGACUGCUGUCUGUGUCGGGAAAGAAAGUGCUUCACAUGGACAAAAAAACGUACUAUGGUGGCGAGAGCGCAUCUAUAACACCGCUUGAAGAUCUGUUCGCGAGGUACGGCAAGCCGCAGAGUGCAUUUGACGAAUCCUACGGAAGAGGCAGGGACUGGAACGUAGACCUCAUCCCCAAGUUCUUCAUGGGCAGUGGAGACCUUGUCCGAAUGUUGAUACUCUCUGGUGUGACCAGGUACCUGGAGGUGAAAAGAGUCGAGGGUAGUUACGUGUUCUACAAGGGCAGACUGUCACCCGUUCCCGCGUCUGCUAGGGAGGUGAUGGCAUCUCCUGCGCUUUCUUUGUUAGAAAAGAGGCCCUUUCAGGAUCUUAUCAACUGUGUGAUGGAGUACACGGAAGAGGACGGGGUGCCCAAGGAAGGCUACGUGAAAGGGAUGAAAACAGGAGACUUCUUCAAUCUCUUUGGCGUCUUUAACUUGCACGAUCUCAUUGGUCACGCCAUGGCUCUUCACCCGGAUGAUGAUUACUUUGAAAGUCCAUGUGAAGACACCGUGAAGAGGAUAAAGCUGUACUUUGACUCUGUUCCUAUAAACGGGAAGAGCCCGUACCUGUAUCCAUUGUAUGGCCUAGGGGAGCUACCGCAAGGCUUUGCCAGGUUGAGUGCCAUCUACGGGGGUACCUACAUGCUGGACAAGCCCGUUGAAGAGAUCGUGAUGGACGGCGGCAAGGCGGUCGGGGUGAAGUCCGAGGGAGAGACUGCCCGCACCAAGCUUGUGGUGGGCGACCCGUCCUACUUCCCGGACCUGGUGAAGAAAACCGGACAGGUGGUGCGAGCAAUCUGCAUCCUGGACCACCCUAUCUACUCAAUUGGAAACGAUCCGACGUCGACCCAGAUCAUCUUUCCUUGCCGUCAAGUGCCGGGCCGGGAGUCAGAUAUUUACGUCUGCUGUGUGUCGUUUGCACACAACGUGGCCUCCAAAAAUUUCUACAUCGCUACAGCAUCCUGCAAGGUGGAGACAAAUGAUCCACUGAGCGAGCUUCAAAUUGCACUAGACCUCCUGAAGCCCAUCAAGGCCCAGUUUGACUCGGUGUCAGACCUGUACGAGCCCAUUAACGACGGCACAGACAACAAGAUCUUCAUCACCAAGUCGUACGAUGCCACGACUCAUUUCAAAUCUACUUGCAGUGACAUCAAGGACGUCUACAAGAGGGUGACAGGGGAAGAUGUGGACUUAACCGCAGCUGACCCCAGUAACCUUGAAGAAGUCAGCCAGUAAACUUCCCGCUGCAUGCUUGGGACUAUAAUAGUUGAAACCCACUGCAUUCUCGAUUCCCUCUAACCCAUACCCCCUGCUGCGCACCGUUUUUUGUGCAUCGAAAAAUCAAGCUUUGCCAAAUUAAAUUAAAAAAACCCGAAGGUUAAGGCCUCUUUCUGUGCAGGGAAUCCCACACUGCAAAAACUGGGGUGUUAAAUUAACCCCCCUCCCCAUGUUAUCAACACUUUUCACUGGUGUUAAACACCCUAUGAUGUGGUCAUCUGACGAAAACGUUUUGAUUUUAACACCACAGUUAUUGCAGUACGCAAGAGUACGAUUAACUGUAACAUUAGACCGUACUCGGAACAAAAGACCAAGCUGCUGGGAAUUGCCAACUUUUUUCCAAUUUUUUCAAGGCGGCAGGCCUGGCUGAAAUACUUGGGCGUCAAUAGAUGUGUCCGUCAGAUCCGAGUAAACCUGAGACAGUUAUUCAUGUGGGUGCAAACGUCCAGUAAAUGAAGCUAUGCUUUUGUGAAGAAUUUUGAAAAUGUAACAUCUUGAAAACCAUGCAGUUUUACGCCAAGCAACUUCAAAUUACACCCAGCAGCAAGGGGUUAACCUUAAAAGAGUCAGUUUUUAAGCCAAUCUCACAGCUGGCGGGAUAUUCCGCCCUCUAAGAACUCGGCUGUGCCAGGUCCCAUAUUUUUAAGCCUGGCAUGUUUGCAAAGACAAUCCUUAUCAUUACACAAACCGCAAGAACGUUAUGCCCCAUUUGUCCAAAAUUGGUGUAAAAAUGACCGAAAUGAGUUACUCUACAAAAUCUAAGGGCUCAUCUCCAGAGAAAAUUGCACUACGGUGAUAUCGGAAAACAUGCCGAGGAGGGGGGGAUACCGUCCCGGCUCUUUUAGGGUUAAUGCUGGAUGCCUCUGUAGGUUCACUUAUCUCGGAGAAGAAAUUCUCCAUGCAGGCGCUGUAACUUGUGAGAAAAAGUAGUAAGUAGUAUGUAGGCCUACACUGGUGCAGUGGCUUUAUUAAGUCGCCAGUCGGUACCAGAAGGUGCCACAAAAAGGAUAUGAAAUGGUAUAUUGGAUACAAAAAUACACGGGGCCUUCUGUUUUUCUCUUUGGUUUUUUAAGGCCAUUAGAUAACAGCAUGCUCUAAAGUCAUAAGGUCGGGCUAAGACAGGCUACUGGCGUAUAUGCAGCAGCUUGGAAUGUGGAUUAUCAUAAUGUGGAUGUUGAGGCUGUACGCCGGUCGCUGAAACCAUUCACUUUUAGUUAGCUGUUCAAUUCGAAUUAUCGUCCAAUUUAGGAAAUUAAUGCCUUUUGUUUGCAUGCAGAUAUAAUGAAGUACAACACAAAACAAAUACGAAGAGAAAAUUAACCAACUUUACAAAGGACCUCAUUUACAGAAAAGAUGAUAUAUCAUUAUAAAUAAUCAUCAUUAGCUACAGCAUAACAAACCACCUGACUCUUCAAUAACAAAAAUAACUCUAUAUCUUUACAUCUUUCAUAAGUAGAAUGAGGAACAAAAGAGUUGGAAAAGCGACUUGUUCUGGCCCUCAUUAACUGCCAUCUGCGCCUACUUCUUAGCUUUAUAAUAAUGACCCUUUAAUGGACGGGAGCAAUCGGCUACAGUUGCACUGGCCUAGGCAAGUACCCGUUCUUUAUGUAUUUGAUUAAAGAUCGACGUCAUAAAAUUCAUGAUAGUAACAGCUUACUUCGUAACUCUGUGCAGUUUCUACCUGUCUAGCUGUUUCGCGUGUUCAUACCAUACAGUGCUAUCAUGUGCUAUGGUACUCAAACGCAAAAUCCUCGCAUCCACAUCAUUGAAAAACUUACGUUUUCUAUUAAAAGGAAUCACAAUCUUUGGUUACACUUCAAGAGAGUAGCCUUUGUUUGAUUCCACCCAACGCAGGCGAUCUUCCAUUUCAGUACCCAAAUAUCUGUAACAAUGUACAAUACGUUCUCAAUCGAUUUGCCAUAUAAAUACAACGAGGACAUGCAGUAGGGUAAAAAACUUUCUUCAUCCUAAAACAAUUAUCAUUUCUUUCGUUUUCUUUGUGUUCAACACUAAAUGAUUUACCAUGCAUUUUUAAAAAUCAAUCAGUUCCAGUAACAAUACUAGUGUUGCUUUUAUACUAAACCGGGGAGAUGUGUAGGCCCUAUUUCAAAAAGGUUUGUUUGUGUCGCUGAGUGAAGAGAACAGAGAACAGAAGUCAGCGCCAAACAGCCGGGGUGACGUGAAAUUGCCCCUUUGUGUCGAGCGUAUUUACAAAAAGCUGUAUUGUGGCCCCUUAAGCCAUGGACCAGUCAUUGUGUGAUAGUUACUUUGAUUUAAACCGGCAAGGGCGCAUAUUGAAAUUGGAGGACUGAGGACUGUUAUUAGGUUAAUGAUGAUGCGACCGUCAGGUGGCCAAUAAAUAGACCUGCAAAAUGUGUUCAGCUGCUGGCUUCGUGUAGCACACCAAGUCGACCAUGCUUUCUCCACAUGCGCAUUUAUGGGGUGCACCGGUUGACAUUUACUGCCUGAAUUUCGGCGCCCGCCUAAUUCUAUAAGUACAUGCUACAACAACUGACAUAAAAUUCCCUGAUGACAUAUGAGGGUCUUAAUACUCAGACCCAUGUUGGUGCGUUGUAUUCGGAAAUUUUUCAGCAGUAAUGCAAAUUCACUUAGGUAUUUUUGCCCCUAAGGAAAGGGUGUAUUUAUGUCGUUCGUUAGAAUCAUUUGGGAGUUGGAAACACAAUUAAUUAAAAUAAAACUAAAAGAGUAUCUUAUAUAGUUUAAAUUAUUAAUUUUUAGGUCAUUUGGAACCAUUUUCUAAGUAUGCUUUUACUGUGGGUUCGGAAACAUUGUGUGUCUAUUUUUUCUUUCAUGUAGCUGACAAACUUAUUUUGAAGCUGAACAAGACAGUAAUACCAAUUAUUUCAAAAAGUCAUUCUUGUUGGUUUAAAUUAUGUUAUGGUGAAAACGCGGCCAUUUAAAAAAAAAUAUUUCGGUUGGCUUUUUGGCCACUUUUAUUUAGAAAAAAGUCAUGCCUUCUCAUAAUUAAUCACAUUUGCUUUUAUUAUGUUCAAAAAUGCGAUAACCUAACAGCAGAAUCUUCAAAUCCAUCUGAGAUAACAAACUUGCCGCUUGCAACAAAGGGCGCUGUUCAUUGGUUGAACUGCGCGUACAUCAGCUGUCCUCGGAAAAGCUCAGAUGUCUCUGCGUCCACACCAUGACACUUUCAUGCAUCAAAGGCACAAUUCUAGAUCUGCUUCCACGUGUAAAUACACACACGUAACACAAAGUAUCCACUUUCUCUAUCGAUUAGGAAACAUUGUUCAGGUGUAUUAAGAAGACAUUAAUGUAUUGCUACUUGCGUGUAAUGGUUGGGUAACAAGGUCAAUGGCGGCCCAUUUAAAAGUUGUAGUUUUAACUGAUGUCUUUUCACUCUCUCUGGGAUGCAUUGGUAGUUUAUUUGUUUGAAAUUCGUGUACUGAAAAAUCACAGUUAUUUUCAAGGUGGGUUAAAUAGCUAUUCAGCUCUUUUUCCAUUCAUUUUUAUUAAAUUAAACAGGCCAAUAGUUAAUUUUCGGCCUAAAGCAUAUUCUCUAAACUUACAGAACAAAGUAGUAAUUGCACGGGCAAUGACAGGGAUAUUUAUACUUUUUAUUUCUUAUAAUAUCUAGUGGGCGUCGUGCCAUCACAUUUUUUGCUUGCACAUUCUGCAUUUGCCAAAGUUCAUGGAAGAAUUCCACUGACGUUUGCUUGAAUCUUGAUACGCCCAAUGUUGUGAGUAUGUGAUACAGAUUAGGAUUUUUUAAAGGAGGGAUUUUGGGGGGCACGAUGAACUGAAAGUUAUGAGUGUAAAAUAGUGACGUCAGACCUGGUCAGUUCCACACCUGCACGUAAAGAGUAUUAUGAAUUGGAUGAUCCUGUGCUGAUUUUGAGUAUUUAAGGUUAAAGUACGUACCUGAAGAGUGGAGUUUGGAAGCUAGCUUUGACAUUUGGUGUGAUAUGGCUGUGCUAUAACAAAUUUGGGACAUGCUAUAGAUACCUUUUUUUCUGACUCUGAAUAUAAUACUCAUUUUUUGACUCAAGGCUUUGUUUUGGAUUACAAACCAGAUUCAUAGGUUGAUGCAUAUUUUAACAUAAUAUUUAGAUGCUUAUUGUUUUUGCGUAUUGAUUUUUGUAUUUGAUUUGCUGUACUGACGAUUGCAGAUUAAACCACACCCAUACGUACCGACACACCAACACACAUACCAAUGCAACCGUCAUUUUAACACUUGCAGUAAGUCACAACUCGCCAUUAAAGUGGUAUGAUACAAGGGCAAACAUGUUUGGAAAUUCUUCUGAGAUUAACACGUCACAGCUACUUUAAAAUAACAAGGUUUUGCACUGUAAUAUGAAAUUCAGUAGGCUGUGUUUGUAAAUUGUUUCUUGUUUGAAAAAAACCAAAUGGUUAAGAGUUGAAUAAAACUUACAAGGGGCUAA